CUUCUCACGUGACGACGACAGUCCACAUGCAUGAGGAAGGACUGCGCCUUGUCGUGCCGCCGCGCACGCCAUCGCGGAAACUCCCCGUGCGGGAAGGUCAUUUCGGUGUCAAGUGCAUCCUCGUUGGCUUAAGCGUGGUCGCCGUCGUUGUAGUGUGCUUUGCAGUGCGGUGCUUUCCACUUCCGUCGUCGCCCGAACUACCGUCCCAUCGCAUCCUGACGGCAAACCCCAUCAUCGGCAUCGUCUCUCAACCGUUGAGGCUGUGUCCUGAAAGUGAAUGCAUCGCGUCGUCGUACAUCAAGUGGGUCGAAAGCGCGGGAGCUCGCGCCGUGCGCAUUCCGUCCAACGCGACCGACGACGAUGUUGCUCGAAUCCUGAGUUCUGUCAAUGGCGUGCUGUUUCCAGGGAAUGGGAUCGACCCCAGUCGCGUUGCAUCCUUCAUUUACAACCACGCGGUGGCAUUGAACCAGAAUGGCACCCAUUUUCCCAUCUGGGGCACAGGCCUCGGCAUGGAGUGGCUCGUGCAGCUGGAGUUACGAAGCACAUGCAUCUUGGACGCCGUCAACGCCAAUAACAUGAGCUCCACGCUCGGCUUCACGCGCGCAGCAACCACGAGCAACCUGUUUGGGUUUAGCGCGAUCUUUGCCGUCAUGGGGACCCAAUCUAUCGCUGCCUACUUUCACUCGGUUGGGAUUUUAGCCGACCGCUUUGACGAGACACCAGCGCUCACUUCGUUCUUUCGCCUCCUCGCGACUUCCGAGGACCGACACGGCCAAGUGUACGUGGCUGCGAUCGAAGCGAUCGAGUUUCCAUUCUAUGGCGUCCAGUUCCACCCGGAAAUGAACGCGUACGAGUUUGACGAGGAUCCAUCGACAAACUCGAUCGAUCACUCAUACAACGCCAUCUUGACGUCGCAAGCGCUCGCCCACUUCUUUGUGAGCGAAGCCCGGCGAAACAACCAUCGAUUCCGAUCCCCACAGGCCGAAUUCGCCGCCUUGCUUGACAGCAGCGAGUCUUCCGACCUAGCCAUGCCCACGUCUGACGAGAUCCUACUCUUCAACUCGACCUUGUAAGCACCAUCUGAGCGGUAAUGCUUAGCUCAGAAACGCUGUCUUCGUCCACCUGCACUCGAAUUCGAGUGCCCCAGUCAAGGACAUGCUAUCGACGACGACCUCCAGCAUCAUGGCCAAACUUGCGUGCACUUUCAAUCCAGUAUUGUGUUGCUAGGCUGUGGAGGUCGCCACAUAAUUAUUGGAUGCAGCCGCGGAACCGUAACGACUGGUUGGGGGUGGACGACAUGGCGUCGAUGUGGUUCCCUCCAUCGGCCAUCCAACGGGGGGUAGCAAAAACUAGCCCUGUGCCGACGACGAAA